AUGAUCACUUUCUUCAUUGUUUUUGACAAAAGAAUUGAAAUUAGUCCAAAAAUUGCUUCUAAGUUUGGACAUGUUCUGUGUAAUAUUGUGUUGAAAAAUUUGAAGAAUUGUACAAGCCUUAGCAGCCUUCCAAGAGAGAUAUAUAAGUUGACAUCUUUGAAAACUCUCAUCCUAUUCGGUUGUAAGAAGAUUGACAAAUUGGAAGAAGAUAUAGCGGAGAUGAAAUCCUUUACAACUCUAAUUGUUGAAAAUGUUGUUGUGGAAGUUCCCUUUUCAAUAGUAAGCUCCAAAAGCAUUGGAUAUCUUUUUCCAUGUGGGUUUGAAGGAUUAUCCCAUGAUGUUUUACCAUCUAUUAUUUGGUGCUUGUUGUCACGGACAAUGAAUCCCCUCUCUAGUACUCUUCCGUUAUGUGGCAUAUCAGCAUCUCUAGUUUCCAUGACUAUGCAAAACAUUGAUUUGGGUGACCUAGCACCGAUUCUUACCAACCUUUUAAAUCUUCGAAGUGUUUGGGUGCAAUGUGACACGGAGUUUCAAAUAAUUAAACAAUUGAGAAAAAUUUUGAAUGAUGUACGAUGGGUACAUUUCACUGAGUUAGGAAUAUCAUCCUGUACAUCAGAAAUUUUAGACAAUUCCUUGAGAUCUUAUUUGAUUGGAAUUGGAAGCUACCAAGAAGAAGACUUCAAUACUCUUAACAAGAGCAUAUCUAAGUUGCUUAUGUCAAAAUUGGUCACUGCGUUCAGUCCUCUGUACUCUAUUGCUGCUAAGUCAUAUACCACAACUGCCUCCUCUUGA